AUGGAACAUAGCAAUAUGUUUAAUAACCGGUUAGCAAGCAGAUAUGGUGAGAAUGGUAGAAUUCUUAUGGAAGGUAGUGAAGUUAAUGGUGGUUUGGGAAAGAGAUCUUUGAAAGAAAUAAAGAUUGGGAUUUGGAAAGUGCACGAGGAGGGUUUGAUUAAGCUAAAUUUUGAUGGGAGUUUUUCAGGUAAUCUUAGACCAGCAGGUAUAAGAGGUCUGAUUCGUGAUCAUGAUGGACGGAUAGUGUUAACGUUUUAUGGACUAGCAAGGGUGAUCACAUCAAAUGAAACAGAGCUUAGAGUUGUGUUACAGAGGUUGAAAUUAGUUAAAAGUUUGUCUAAACCAGUGGUGAUAGAAUGUGAUUUAAUGAAUGUUAUUAAGUGGAUUAUAAAGGAAUGGUCGUAUCCUUGGGUGUUUCAUGAACAAGUGCCAGAAAUCAUGGACUGUUGUGGAAGUUUGAAUGCUAGUUUUGUGCAUGUCUUUAAAGAAUGCAAUAUGGAGGCUAAUGCGUUAGCAAAAGCUGGUGUUAAUGCUGCCGAGUUAGUUGUUGUUUGA